AUGCCUUUCGCCGAUCAAGUCUCGUCCGUUUCUGGACGCAACAGCAGAGCCAGCAAUGUCUCUGGAGCCACUGGAGCCUCCCGCUCUCAGCACCGCUCUCCGCCUGCCAGCGGCCCCCCGAACGAUACUCUAGUCAACGCCGGCGUUCUCAGCAUGUUAAAGACGUCCACGGAUACAGGCGACAUUGGUGCUCUUUCAUUCAACAGCUCCCGCAUACCCGCCGUUCCCGGCACCGCUGCACGAGCACGACGAGGCCAUGCUUCUAGACCGUCCAUGUCAGCUCAGCAUCACCCAUCGAGGCACAAUUAUGCUCCAUCUCAGACGUCGCGAGUGAGCUCCCAAUGGGAAUCCUCCUCUACGCAGCGACGAGCCUCACUCACCAGCAUGCAGAGCAUGCCACCCUCCUUGCCUCCUCUUCACACUGGGAGGCCGUCCUUGCAGAUGGCCAACGGCAAUCCAGAUGCGAACCCCAGAGACAGCCGAUCAUACUCGAUGACCUCUGCGCCUCAAGCAGGACAGCUUCCGAGACAUCGAUCAGCCGCAAGCUUGAAGAGCCAAGGCCACGAGCCGCGUGGUAGCACUCGCAUGCCUCCAGGUCCUGUCCCGCCAAUGCCAGAGAAUCGUCCUCCAUUUGUCUAUCCCACCAGACUGAAGCGACCUGGCUUUCGCUCUCCAUCCCCAGCACUUAGCGAUACAUAUGCUCAAGGACAGUAUCCUGGAAUGCCACCAAUGCCGAGACAGCCACCAGGACCACACCCACCACCUGUGGCUGCCUAUAAUGGCUAUGGUCCAGGCCAUCCUGCAGACUUCGGUCAACAUCUGAAUGUGCAACAUCCACCAUAUGCUGGUAACACUUCGCCCGGCCCUGGCUAUCCGCCAAAUCAUUAUGCUCACUCGCCAGGCCCAAUGCGCGCGGGCCCAAACAUGGGAAUGCCUCAUCCUACGCAGCAGCCCUACGCUCCUCAGUAUCUGAUGCAGCCACCGCCGAAUGCCUAUCCGCAACACGCUGGGUACGGACCUGCAUACCCGCCACGAGCAGGCUAUCUGCCAUAUGGCCCAUCACCACAGCCACCGCCGCAGGUGCGUCGUGGACCUCCUCCCUCGAACAUCGGCCCGAAAGCACAUCAGAUGUUCCACAACGCCGCUCGAAUGGCACGUACGAUGCCUCAUCGUACUGAUACGCCUAUGACGGAUGGCGGCGCUCCACCAUCUGAUCCUGCAUCCUCGAGCUCAGCACCAGAUUCUUCGAACCCACCAACGCCUAAAGACCACACAACGAUCAGGGUCGUAGUGGAUCCAGCAUUCAUCGACCCGGCGCUGCUCGACCUGCCAGACUCACCCAGUGAUCCAGUGCUGCCUAACGCCAAAUACUUCGAGUAUGCUGAAGGUCUGGACCGAGCUGCGGACGAUCAAGAGAUGGACCUGCCACACAGAUCGAUCCCGCCGUCAGGAUUUGUGCAGCGAGUGAAGAUGAUGCUGGAGUCAAAGGCGGCUGCUGAGGCUGCAGCCAACGCAGAGGCCGAGCAGGCCUCUCAACAGCAGCUCUAUCACCACUAUGAACAGCACUUCGGUCAACACUUGGAUGUUGACCACGAUCAUUUGGAAGUGUCGGAACUUGAUGUUCAUGAGAUGGCUGCUAAUGAGACCCCUCGCUUUACUGUCAUUGAAGAGUUCGAGGCGCCUGUCGAACUUCCCGCAUCACCUGUCAAGGUUGCCGAACUAGACGCUAUGGACGGCCAGACGACACGCAUCACAAGAGAAAUGAUUCAGGCUGAGCUCGGUCCUUCCAGCGUCGACAAUACGCUUGAGCAAGCUCAGCCAAACGAAUCGACUGCUAACGUCUUGGCUCAACUUGUUGAGCAUGGAUACGACGACAAGCCAGAAGCGCCAAUUCAUGAGCGGAAGCCCACGACUGAGUCACACUCGCGCAAAUCCUCUCGGCAGUCACAGCAAGGACUCGGCAGCAAGCGUCGUCAAGAUUCUGUUUCCGGAGCAGUCACAGAAAGUUCGGUCGAAGCAUCACUCCCAACUGGAGCGGACUACGCGAUGCGGUUCUCGGCACCCAUCGACACGACGAUCGCUUCAGAUGAGACACAGUCGAGGGAUCCAUUUGCGCUUGAUGCAGAUACAAUCACGUUGCAACAGCAGCAGACCUCGAAAGACGCCUCCAAAUCCGGGGAGAGGCCUGCAAGCAGCAAUGACGGCAAGAAGACUCCAGCGGAGCAACUCGUUCGCGAGAGCAUUCUCUUGGAACGAACGCCGGUCAGUCCACUUAAUCCUCACGAGGUCGUAAAGCGCAGCUCUGCGGUGAGCCCGCUGAAUUCAGAGUUUCGUGGCAUCGAUUCCACUCUGCACCUCGACGAGAAGCGCGAGUCAACCAUCACUGAGGAGCAGAGCAACGUUACUUCUCUCAUCGCAGAUGAUUCCAUGCCACCCCCCACGCCACGUACUCCGAAGACCUACUCGAAGUCGGUGCAGCUGCGACCUAACAUCGCCGUGACGGAUACUGGCAGUACUUCCACGAAUCGGUUCUCGCUGCCUGGCGAUCUAAGCACCGUUGGCGACAGCACCAUGACUGGCUCCGACAUGAUCACUGACGUUGCUGUUCGCUUCUCGUUACCACAGACUACGAUCACGGUUGGCAAGCCACAGAUCAUCGAGGUAUCUCCAGGAAACACUCCAGAUAAGUCGAAAGCAAACCCGAAUGGAGAUCAGGCUGCUGAAGCCCAAGGGCUGAAGAAUAGUCGACGGAGUUCGGUUACCUUCGCGGACGACAUUGCACCCCUCAAUAUCGCAAAGAGACCAGAGCCCUUGAAGGUAGCCACUGAUUCAUCGCACAGCAAGGCCAAAUCGAUCAUGCGCAAGCCAUCGCCCAGAGAGGAUGUGUCCAUCAACAGUGUCGGCCGAGACUUUCGUGACACCAAUGCCGAUACUCGAGCACAGCCUCCCAGCCACACAAACAACAUGAACGGUCGAUUUGGCGCGGCACAUCUGCCAGGUCUCAAGGAAGAAUCGAUCGAGGACAUGAGCAUCUCAGAGCACAAGCGCUCAUCGGACGGCUGCCAAUUCCCACUCCCAGCUCGCAUCGCUGCGGUCAAGGCAAUGCAGGAGAGGCGUAUGCAAGAGACAGCAGACAAGGCUAAGGCCCGCCGUCAGGCCCGGCAGCACAACAGACCUCUCGGAGACACUCGAGACCUGCCUUCUUUGAACUUCAGUCGCGUAGAUCUCUUCGAAAAGCUCAAUGAAGCGCUCGAAAUCAAGCCGUCCAAGUCGAUGGAGAUUAUGCGUCGCCGCGACUUUUCUGGAAUCCACUGUCCGUCGCCACAGCGGCCCACCAGCACCGAGCCUCUCCGCGAGCGCUACACAAGCUUCUUCGCCAAGCCAGAUGAGAUGAGUCUUCCGGAUGAGCAUCCCGUCAGCGAAGACGAGGAUGAAGCGGAGAUGGGGUCGGAGACGGAAGCCGAGCACAGCAAGGCUUUGGUCCCGACCGUGGAAAUCCAAGAAGAUACGCAGCUCGACGAUUCGGAUGUGGAGCAAGAUGGCAACCGGCCGCUGUCACCAGAAGACUUCCUUUCCGUCGCGUCGCAAGCCAAUCGACUGUCAAUUCCGUCUGUUAGUGCCCUUUCGGAGCGUCUCUCUGAGCUCAUCCCAGGAUUGAGAAAUCUCCAGAAUCUCAGGCUUGACUCGAUCCUGCCGGAGCACAUGGAAGCUCGGUCUGGCAAUCGUGAGUCUAUGGUUGGCAGACCGGACACAGUCGUGACGAAUCGCACAUCGGCGGGCUUCCGCACACUGGCCGAACGAGCGGAAGAGAUCGUGAUCAACGGCACUCACGACUCGCUGGGACUCAACAAAGACCUCCCACCGCUGCCAGGAUCGACUUCGGCCGACAAAUUUGCAAGCCCCAAGUCAUAUGACGGCAAAUCGUCAUAUUUGAGUGGCUCGGUCUCGAUGCCACUCGACUUCGACCAGGAUGUUGCACGACCAUCGUCAGCAUUGAUGCGCACCAAGGCGCCCACGACCGAAGAGGAAGUUGCCCGACUACUGCCCUCGGAGAUGAACCCCAUCACGCGCAUGGCGAACAAACGCUCGCAGAUCAUAUCGCAACCGAGCAGCCGACCGUGGAAUGUGGACAAGAAUUAUCCGUGGGCCGAGAGCAAAAUCGAAAUCGACCUCUCGGUCCCGUGCCCAGCGCAUGCAAGGAAGUCGCUUGCCAAAGAAGCGCUCCUCGAACGUCGAACCAGAUCUCUCGACAUUCCAGCUUCGUCCGCGACGCCGGGCAGCACCCAAGGCGCAGACAUUGGCUCCAUCACAACAUCGCAUCUCGACUCCAAUGCGUCCAUCAACACCGAGCAGCUUACUGGAGUCAGUCCGUCGCAUCGUCGCAAGCAGUCCAAGCGAUCGGUCAUUGGCUCUCUUACGCACAAAUUCGGCCUCUCGUCUGGCCGCAAAGAUGGUGGUUCGGAUGAAGAAAGUACGGCCAAGAGUUUGAGCAAGUCACCCGUCCCUCGCCAGACCUCUCGUCACUCCGACCACGCCACGCACCGGCCGGGAGAUCGGUAUCCCACCAGCAGUUUGACGCCACCCGCCCACUUUGCGCUCGAUGAAGUCCGCUCGUUUUUCUCGGAUCACAGCUCGGAGCGCGAUCGCAGCGCGUCUUACCUCAAGCGUCUGACACAUUUCAAAGGCAAAGGCAAGGCGGUCCGGCUGGACGGCAACGACCAGGCUCGUGCACCGUCGCUCGAUGGGGGCGGCAGCAACACGGAAUACAGCGCCGGCUUCAUGAACCAGAUGGGCACGGCGCAGAGCACGGCCAACACCUACGACGCGAAUGGCAUGAACAAGACGGAGUUCUACGUCAGGCGAUUCGGCGAGAAGCUGCGACACAUGUUCGCGAGAGCGGGCCAACUGGCGAGGAGCUUCAGCACGCGAACAUCCCGACGAGGCCCGGAGCGACAGCAGGACGAUUGGCUUGCCGAUUCUUUGUACUCUGGUCCGACGUUGCCGAUGUGUAUUGAGAUAUGGAUGUCGGGGUGGUACAUGUGUAUUGAGAUAUGGAUGUCGGGGGGGGGCUCCGAGUUCGCUGGCACAUCCCCCCUCCGCUUCUCAUCAUACAACGAGGACGUGGACCGAGCAGAAUGCUGGCGGCUUGUGCUUGCGCUUACGCUGAAUAUCGUGAUGGCUGCGAAAGAAUCGCCCCGAGACUCACCGCGAAAGCCUUCGAUAUGGGACCGAUUGAAGGGGAUGACUCGCGACCAAAGAGGCAAGACGCAUGCGCAACGUCCGCCACGCACGACUGGCAUCACCCGCACAUGCAGUCAGGCUGCCGCCCUCCUCAGGCUGCCCGCCGAGCUUUUGGUCCAAAUCUUCAACCAGGUCUCGUUUGUGGACCUGUUGUCCUUCAGGCUCACAUCCCGCCAAGCGGCCGAUCUGAUCUCAUAUGGCCAUUUGCCACGAGAACGGCUCUUCGUACACAUGUCCAGGCUUGCCCACCACUACCAUCGCGGCCAACAUCUCCACCAAGAAGACCUGCAGCUCUACAUGCAACUGUACCCGCCACCAGAGCCUUUCACCUUCACCUAUCUCCUCGAGUUCCAUCGCCGUGCCGACUUAGCCUUUCUGCUCGAAAGGGAGCUCCACUGGUUUAUUGCCGACUUCAUCAUGAUGAACCCUGAUUUCUGGACAGACACUGCGAACCCCUGGUUUCCGCCCGUUCCAAUGACAUAUCUACCACCUGAAUAUGGCCUUGUUCGGAAGAAGAUGAUCCCUCUACUACUCACCAUACAGCACUAUCUCGAGCAGCUGCGUGACGAGUGUCUCAAGUCUGCCGACAGUGCCGGGUCGAAGGGGAAGAACAAGCAAAAGGCAACCAGCAUCGACGCCCUCAGCCUUGCGCAUGUCUUUGAAACGUCUCCCGCAUAUCAGAACCCGAAACAUCUCCUCAAGACGCAUCGCAUGUUCAUGAUUUUAUGCUGGAUCAUGAAAAGACUCUGCGACCCCGCUUCCCACCGCGCGCGCAGAAUCUUUGUCUACGGAAACCCUGUCCUCUCCGAUUCUCACGUCAGAAUGUACGUCGUGCUCGCCAACCUCCAAGGCAUCAGGAAACUCCUCCGUCAAGACUCGUACAAGCAACGCCGCAAAACCAUGGUCAACUUCUUCGCUUCUCUAGAUCCACGCACGGCGGCGGCGGCGGCGGCGGCGAGGAACUCGGAUUCUUGGAAAUCUGCUUGGGCGGCGACGAGUCUCAAAUGCAAUUCUCCCGCACCGACGAAGGCUCAAGCUGCGCAUGUCUUGUCUUCGACUAUUGGCUGGCAUGAUGUUUGGAUUGAGGCUGCGAGGAAGAUUUUGUUGCAGCAGGGUUUGGUGGAGAGUAAGGAGGCGAAUAUGGUGGCGCAGGCGAAGAAGAGGAAGAGUUUGGUGUGGAUCACGGAUAUUGCUGGGUAUCAUGGUGCGCAGGGGAGAUUGCCGUUUGGGUAUACGGGGCCGAAUUUUGAUGCGGGACAUGCUGUGGAUGAUGAGGAUGAAGAUGAAGAUGAUGCGGAGGAGAAUGAGGAAAGUGAUGGCGCGAGUGAGGAGUGAGAGGUACCGAGGUCUGCCGAUUAUCUAGAAUACACUCCUGCUCUAUCCGCCGGCGCCACCAUCUGAGCUCCUAGGCUCGACGUUCUCCGAGCUUUUUCGCCGUGCGCUUCAGAGCGGCCCUUCUGCUGGAGGCGAUAGGCUGAAGCUUGAGGCCAGGACCAGUUGGCUGUCCCGGCGAAGUGCUACACGCAGCGGAACAUCAUGACCAACCACUGUGCAGUACGAAUCUCCUGGGACUGCAAAAGGAUUCCUCGUGUUGGCGCUCACACUUCUUGACACGGCCAAGUCACAAGAGGAAGUGAUUUCUUGGCUCUGAGCUUACAAAAGCGAAACUGUGCACGCGACAAUAAGCCACCGAAUUGCCUAUAAAACCAGACACAUUCAACUCGACCGGCCAAUCAAUCCCGCAUCUCCAUCCACACUCGAUCCGAAGAUCCAUCCAGACGCAACACUGCUGUCAUCCUUCGCAUCUCGCCCCUAGCAAACGCACGGUACCCUGCCAUCCAGCACAAUGGUCCUACGCACCUGCACCAAAUGCGUCGGUCAUCGCGCAUCGACGCUUACUGGUAUUCCGAAUACAAAGCGAGAUUACGUCUUGAAGUCACGAACGCGCUCCAUGGUGCUUGGCUAAUAAUAGAGGUCUAGAGGUUGGAAUUUUUGCGCGGAGAUUUCGUAAUAAAGGGAUAACGGAAUAUCUGCUUAAUAGGAAGUGCUUGAAACUGUUCGAGAGCGAUAGAAAUAGAGUAGGAUUGGGAUGUUGUUUUAAAGGAGGGUAGUAAUAGGAAUGUGUUUUAGAAAUUAGGAGGAGGAUGUUAGGAAAUUCUUUUAUAUAGGUAACUGUUUGCUUUAAGGAUAUAAGAUAGAAGUAUAUCGCGUAUAUAGAUACUCUAGGUUCGAUUUCCUUCUAG